AUGUCGUCGACGGGCAACAAGGUCUUUGCACCCGCCAUCUUCUUCAUCGCCGCGCGCGAGGCGUUGGAAGCCUCGUUGGUCAUCGGCAUUCUCUCGGGCAUGCUCGAGAACCUCGUCGUGCACACCAAGUCAGCUGAGGAUCUUGACUCGGAGCAUCUGCUCACCGAGGACGAGAAGCAUGCUGUCGCUCAGAAGAAGCGUGCGCUCGUGCGCAAGCUGCGCAAGAUUGUCCUCCUCGGAGCCCUGACAGGUCUCUCCAUCGCCUUUGUCAUCGGGGCCGCCUUCCUCGCCGUGUUCUACACCCAGGUCGACGAUCUCUACGGCAAAGCCGAGGAGCUUUGGGAGGGCAUCUUCAACCUGAUCGCUGUGCUGCUCAUUACGCCCAUGUCGCUGGCCAUUCUGCGCGCGGGUAACAGCAAACGCAAGUGGAAGCGUAAGCUCGAGAAUGCUUUCAGCCAGGAAAACAUCCAGCCCAAACGCUCGCGUGAUGAGGAGGGCGAGAUCACCACCGCCACCACUGCCGACAAUGCUUCUGCGUCUUCGUCGGCUUCUGCUCGUCGUGCUGCCGCGGCUGGCGUUUCUGCGGAUGAGGAGACGGGCGCGAAGACGACAAAGACGGAGAAGAUGAACCCUUUGGAAGCGAUGCAUGUGGUACCUGCGCAGCCUGCUAGUUCUGUGCAGGGCAAGCGUCGCGGGGGUUUGCGCGGGCUCUUCACGAACCCUGCGGGCGCAGUGACCGAUCUCAAGCUGCGUAUGAACCGCGGUACGCUCGCGCUGUUCACCAUUCCCCUUAUCACCACGCUCCGCGAAGGCCUCGAGGGCGUCGUCUUCAUCGGCGGCGUCUCGCUCGGUCUGCCCGCCACCUCUAUCCCGCUCCCCGCCAUUAUUGGUUUGUUCGUCGGCCUUGGCAUCGGCUUCCUCAUCUUCCGCUCGGGUAAUAUCCUGUCCGUGCGCAUCUUCCUCAUCUUCUCCACCUGCUUCCUGUUGCUCAUUGCUUCCGGUAUGGCCAGUCGUUCCGUGUACUCUCUGCAGUUCUACUCGUAUGUCCAGCUCGUCGGCGACUCGGCGGCGGAAUCCGGUGAAGGACCUGGAUCGUACAACUCGCAGGGAUACAUCUGGCACUUCAACUGCUGCAACCCAGAGGCUAACAAGGGCGGCACCGGCUGGGGUAUCUUGAACUCGCUCGUCGGCUGGAACAACACGGCAACGUACGGCUCCGUAUUCAUGUACGUCGGAUACUGGCUUGCCGUUGCGGGCUACCUGUGGUACCAGAUCUGGCGCGAGGGAAGGCUCGCUUUGAUUGUUGGCGGCAAGACCUACUGGGAGUCGAAGCGCGCGGUUGAGAUUAGGGAGAAGAAGCAGAUCCGCGCUCACCAGCGUCAGCAGCGUUUGGCUGCUCCCCAACAGCAAGACACCAAGCAGACGGAGGCUGGCCCGUCGACCCCCCUCGCUUAG